GAGCUUUUAGCUGCCAGCCCUGGCCCAUCAUGUAGGUGCAGCAGAGCCUUCUUUACCAUUGCAAUAACGGGGGGACCCACUUUGCAAUCUGUUUUGCAAGGUGUGCAAUUGCAGCUCUUUCCUUUGCAAGGAGCUCUGGUGUAGGAAGUAAGAAAAACUCCAGUUGCAUGAAGAUUGAGAGCUUGCAGUUUGCAUCUUUGUUGCAAAACUAGCUACUGAAGAGAGAAGGCAAAGUCUUUUGUGCUCCCCUCCCCCAUCAAAGCAGAGGGGAAAAUGUCUCAGCAAAGAGGCAGGAAGAAAAAUCCAGGGUUGAAAAUUCCUAAAGAAGCAUUUGAACAACCACAGACAAGCUCUACGCCGCCUAGAGAUUUGGAUUCCAAAGCUUGCAUCAAUAUCGGUGACAAGAACUUUGAAGUAAAGGCUGAUGACCUGGAGCCAAUAUCAGAACUUGGACGUGGUGCAUACGGGGUGGUAGAGAAGAUGCGGCACAUGCCCAGUGGACAGAUUAUGGCAGUAAAGCGAAUCCGGGCAACUGUGAACAGCCAGGAGCAGAAGAGGUUGCUGAUGGAUCUAGACAUUUCUAUGAGGACGGUAGACUGCCACUUCACUGUUACGUUCUACGGUGCAUUGUUUCGAGAGGGAGAUGUGUGGAUCUGUAUGGAACUGAUGGACACGUCACUGGACAAAUUCUACAAACAAGUAUUAGACAAAGGCUUAACGAUUCCUGAAGACAUCCUAGGGAAAAUAGCAGUCUCAAUUGUAAAAGCACUAGAACAUCUACACAGUAAGCUCUCUGUAAUUCACCGAGAUGUAAAACCCUCCAAUGUACUGAUCAAUACACUGGGACAGGUGAAAAUGUGUGACUUUGGAAUUAGUGGUUAUCUUGUUGACUCCGUGGCUAAGACGAUGGAUGCUGGCUGCAAACCUUACAUGGCACCUGAAAGAAUCAACCCAGAAUUUAACCAAAAGGGAUACAGCGUCAAAUCUGAUAUUUGGAGCCUGGGAAUUACAAUGAUUGAGCUGGCAAUCUUGCGGUUUCCAUACGAUUCUUGGGGGACGCCAUUCCAGCAGCUCAAACAGGUGGUAGAGGAGCCGUCGCCACAGCUCCCAGGGGACAAGUUCUCACCAGAAUUUGUUGAUUUUACCUCACAGUGCUUAAGGAAGAAUUCUGAAGAAAGGCCAACAUACCCUGAACUAAUGCAUCACCCUUUCUUCACCCUACAUGAAUCCAAAGAGACAGAUGUGGCUUCUUUUGUCAAACUUAUCCUGGGAAACUGAGAAAUGGACUUAUACAUGAAUGGUUUUGCCCUUCUGUGGACUGUGGUGUGUUUUGGAGGAGAGAAGUCUUCAUCGGAAGGGAACCUGGAGGAGAAUCUGCCACUGGCCUUUUUUUUGUUGUUGUAAGAUCCUAGCCACUCCUCCUGAAUUUUUUAAAGGUUCUUUGUAUCCAUAGCGAGAUAGAAUGAACUGGUUAGUGAAAUGAAUUUUAAUAAGGUUGUCAACCUUAAAACAAAAUUAAAAAGAGUGAUUUAAGUAUUUAAAUGACCGUCAAGAAUUCUAUAACCAUAUUCUCAGCUCCCACCCUUUUUUCCUGUUUCUUAUCAAACCAGAAUUGCUUUUGUUUAUGGUAACAGGUUCUUCAGUAGUUAUGAAGUCCUUUGUAGAGUUAUAUUUUGUUCCUACCGUUAUUUUAAUAUUUAUGUUAAGAACUUGAUUUGAACAGAAUCUUUGUUUUUAUUUUUAAGCAAUGGGUGAUGAGAAAGGCUACAACAGCUGAAGCUACAAAGAUUAGUAUUUAUUGGGCUUUGCUGGGAAAGGAUAGGAUCAAUUAGAAUGAGGAACUAUUUAAAUCCAAGAAAAAAACGUGGUUUAUGUUUAGAUGGCUCAGUUCUUUGGAAGUUGGGAGAAGAAAGACUUGUACUUGAAAGGCAUCUGGGGAUCCAGAAACCUGCUGUUUGAGGUGUUAUUGGUGUCUUAUUAUCCAAUUUUUUGGGGGGUUUAUUCCUGCAAUCUUCAGUGAGUAACGAUGUCCUCAAAGGUAUGGUGGUAGGAAUCAUCUGCACUUCUGGAGCGAUCUGGGAUCCAUGUUACAUGGGAUUUAAGAUACAUGGAAACAAUGUAGCUGUGCUGAUCUUUUGGUGGUUAGCUAAGCAACGAUAUGUAACCUCCAACUAAGCAAGAGACCUUGUGGGCCACUAUAAGUUCAGUGCACUUGACUGGAUAAAGGGAGAUUCCUGAAAGCAAACUAGAACAAAGGAAAUGCAGAUUUCAGUAAGAGGGUGAAGUCCAGGUAGAUGCACAGAAUCAUAAUGCCAGUUUCAAGCUGGCAAAAAAAUAUGGAAAGCCUGUCUUGGACACUCAGACCUCAUGCAUACACUAACAAUUUGACACAUUACCUUUUCUUCCUCUCCUCCUUCUACUUCCCCAAUUUCUUCUGUUUCUGGUCCUGAAUGAGUCUUGCUCAUGACGGAUUUGGCUGAAACAGACUCUGUCCAAACUGAAUUUAGAACUUAACAUGCAUAGGAGUUAUUGAAGUGUAACAUUCCUUCUAAUUAUUUCUUUUAACACUCAUAGGGUUAAAUCCAAACUCAGAUUUCUACCAGUGGUACUUGUUUCUAAAGCUGUGCAAAACAGGCUUCUGCUUUCACUACUACUAGUUAUGGCCAUACUGUGAUGGUGGAUCACAGGGAUCUCUUAAGUUCAUGUGACACAUCUCUUUGUUCAGUAUUGUAUGAUGAAACCAGAGCUUUGGUGCUGUUCAGUAUGCCAGAGCUAGUUUUUCCUGAUGAAUCAAUUGCAUUUCCUGAACUGAAUGUGGCAGUAUUAAUUCUGUAGAAUGGUAAAGGUAUUGUGCUGCUAGUGUUUGGUACUGAAGGGACAUUUUAGUGCAAAAGAUUCUGUCCUUUGACUGAUGACUUAUUGUGUGUGCCCCUGUGAAGAGCAAUAACAUCAGUGUGAAGCAGUGCCAAAUCCAGCCGUGGCUGCACCAGGUGAUGUUCAAGAACACUGGUGUUUGUAACACAGAUUUUUUUCUAAGGCAGUUGCUCUGCUGCUUUCCUGCAGUCCACACUUUACAAUUCAACUGGUUCUUUGUGUAUGUCUGCUGAAAUCCUUUCAGGAGGCAUUUAACUGCAGACAAAAUAUAAGGCAGGUUCACAUUUCAUUGUAAUAUUAAAGGCCCAGGAUGCCUUGUAACUUGCCCCUAGUUUUCCAUUGUAUGUGCACAGGGUUCCCCUUUUCCUUCACCCCCCUCCCCACCAUUGAUUUCAAGCUGUUUUGAUUGAUUGUCUUCAGCUGUGGUUAAAGCUCAGCCAGACAGUGUUUAGAACUGGUUCCAGCAUCAAUUCUCACUUUGAAAAACAUGACAUUUAAAACCAGCUUUUUGGUUUUCCUACAUAUGGAUCUGAUGCUUGCUUUAGAGAGUGUUUUUGCUGCUUUCCUCUUGGAAUAGCGAGAUCUGUUUAGAUGCCACAUCCUCUUGACCUCAGAACACCUUUAUUUGAGUGCUGUGGUAACAGACAGGCUGGAUUUAUAUGAUAGAAUCAGUGUUAAUAGCAGAUAUUAAUACUCCCAUUGGUUUCCAAUAGUAAAAGAAUGCCAGUGCUGUCUGCUGUAAGUCAGUCUAGAAAGUUGACUGUUCUGUGAAUCAACACUACAUGCCUCAGGUUUUAUUUUAGGCAUUAGAUUGUAGAUGGAGCCUUAGUAUUUUAAUCACUUAGGUGCUUUUUGAGUUGUUCCAUCAGUUAUGACUUAGCUUAAUUUAUUUCUUGGCAGAUGCAAAAACCUUUCCAUAGUCUUUGAGUAAAACAUGCCUACGUUAUCUGUCCUAUCUAAUCAGAAUUUUAAAAUUUGAUUUCCUUUUUUAUUUUAUGUUCACAUGCCAUAUUAAUGGUCAUUAUUUCUUUAGAUAUUUUAAGCUAUUCCUGUACAAUCCAGAUUUUUGUUCAGUUUUCAAAGGUGGCCAGGGAGAGGAAAUACUUGAUUACACAGUCCACCAAUGAUAAGAGCAGAUGGGUUCCAACCAAUAGAUUGAAGUUAAAUAUUAAAAGGAAUCUCUUGACUGUAGUAAAUGCAGAUUUGCAAUGUAGCAUGCUGCCUAGAGAGGUUGUGGGAUCUUCAUUCUUAAAGUAUGUCAAAACGAUUCUAGUCUAGCAUCUAUUGGAGUGAAUGUUUUUUUAAUAUAGCCUAGGUUGUCCAUGGAUAAGGACUGAACAGGAUAAGAACUUUGGGUACAUAAUUCAGUGAUGAUAUAAUUGGAAUUAGAAGGGCAAAAAAUGAACUAAGAAUCACAAUUAUAUUUCUGUCAGAUACUUGGGAUUUAUUUAAGCUCAUGGGAAUGCCAAAACAUAUCUUGGAGAUGAUGAAAUUCACAUUCAUUUAUUGGAAACUAACAAAUUUCAUGAUCAGACCCUUCUAGGAUUUCUGAGGUUCUUUGCUUAUAAUUUUAGCUUCCUACAUGACAAGAGAUACAAUUUCAGUUGGGAUUGUGUGUUACUGGCAAUUUUUCGCCAUGUCUUCAGUGCAGUCCCACAUAGGACUGUACAGGCCUGCCACAGAACUGACUGAAAGGCUUCUAGAAGUUUCAGAACAUUUACAGCUCUCCUCCUGCCCUCCAUCUGGAGCUGAGGGUGGGCUGGUUUUCUGCCCAAACAGCCAUGUGAUGGAGGUGGGGAGAGCACUCCUUCCUCAAAUCUCUCUUCACUGCCGUGGAGAGAGGAAUGACUUCAGCUGAACAUGUCAUUUACCUCAGUUUUACUUUUCUUCUUUGUCCCACUGGCUUUAUUCACUGUUCCAAGUGUGGAAUAUGGCUUGGAAUGAUGAGCAUAAGAAAUGUCUUUUUUGCCUUGGUGAGACUCAUGUCUCUGAGAUGUACCCAUCUUUUACUCCAAAGGCCAGAUAUGAAUGUGCCUCAAGGCUUAAAGUUGCAUUAAUGGGGAAAAAAUCCCUCACUAUGGUGAAUAUUCUCACAGAGAAAUCUUUGAAGAGGCUUUGUAUACCUUUGGUCUCCUUAGUCCUGAAGGCUCCAUCUGAUCUGACUUUUGACUUGGCUUUGGUGGCCAAACGGGAAAUUUCUGAGCCCCUUGUUAAAUAGGCUAAAAAUAAGAUUAAAAAAAUUCCUCUCAGUCUAAGCUGUUGUCACCUUGAUGCUGAAGCUAAUUGCCAGUGCAUACACAGUCUAAUUACCUGAUUUGUCAGCCAGCGCUUCACUCUUGAUCGCCUAAAGUCUGAGAUUCUCCUGUUUGGGGUCAAUAGUUUCCUUGAUGUCGAUUGUCCCCACCUAGACAGAGGCUUGUCACAGUCAGGGUCAGAGUCUGGGGGGCCUCUUGAUAUUGAAGCUGCUGCUCCCCUCAGUUUUGAAUAUCGUCCAGUGAUUGAGUCUGCUGUCAGAAAUUUCCACUGCUGUCAGAAAGAGUCCCAAGCUCCUCCAUCAUCAUCAUCUUCUUCUUCCUUACAGGGUGAUAUCUUUGAAGUUCCCUUACCUCAUUUGGAUCAGAAAAAGGGAUCAAGGUCUGAUCCCCACUCAUCCUUUUCACCUCAGAGUUUCCUAUAUAAAUUUAUAUAGACCUAUAUAAAAUUAAAAAACAAAGGUCUGAAUUUCUCUUCCAUCACUGCACACCUAAUUUGAUAGGGACAGAUGUGUUCCCUCCCAUUACCAUUCUGUGUCCCAUUCCUCCCCAAUGGAUGAGAUGGGGAUGAAAUUAGAUGCUUUAAGGAGAAAAGUAUAUCCUUAUGAUUCUCUUGGCCUGAGGGUUUCCAACUUCACUGGUGUCACGUGAUGUUAUGAAAUAUUCCUUUGAAAGAUGGCAUGGCACAGUGUAUUGAUUGCCUACCAAAAGACAAGACCUUGGGGAUGGGUCUGAGUUGGGCAAACAGCAGUUAAAUGCUAUGAGACAUAUGGCUGGCAAAGCUAGCAAAGUCAUGGUAUCUAGAAUAGUUUUACAAAGAUGUGCUUGGCCCAGGGCUUUGUCCUUACCCCAUGACACUAGGGCCAGGGAGGAAGACUUCUCCUUUGAGGGAACAAUUGUUUUCCUUACAUUAUACAUUAUUAUGUUCCCAGAUCAGCAAACAAACAUAUUGAUGAUACCUAUUCUACAAUGAUUGCAUUAAAAUACUCAAUGCAGGUCAUAUGCAUUGUUUAAAAUAUAAAAAUACUGGGUUGUUAAAACUGAACCACAAUGAGCAUGCCAUAGCACAUUAUUUUGCUACCUUGAAGGUAGUUUCAUUGGAGCUAUCGGAAUGGAGAUAUAAAAGUGGUUUGUUUUGCCUGGUUAUUUAGACAAAAUUGUAGAGAUGAACCAAAUCCAAAUUUCUUUAUAGAAACUACAAUAUAAAGACACAUGUUCAAUGUUCCUGACUGGCAUGGACAGUGACAAAGGUAAUAAGGAAUGCGGGCAUAUCUUCCUUUCAAUAAAGCCCAUGGAAGGGUUUUGAACUAGUCUAAGCUAAAUACUCUUUCGAUGUUUAGGGAAUUCCAAAGUAUACAAAUAACUUGGGGGGAGAAAGUUUGUAUUAGUGUUCCCCACUGCAAGAGUGGAGUCACUCCUCACUCUUUCAGCUCCAAGGGAAAUGUCCCAUAAUCUUUGUUAAUUAAUACUCCGUUGAUGCCCAACAUGCCAUAGAGCUAUGCUGGACAUGCCAAGAUGAAGCAGUUUUCCUUCAAUUAUUCGCAGCCAUCUUGAGUGGAAAUUAUCUGCCAAGAUUAAUGGACUUAAGCCAGAGGGAAAGAGCUGAGCCAGAAAUAUAUGGUUUGAAGCCAGGCAUGCACUUCUAGCAAGACCAGCCUGCUUCUAACCUAAGCAAGGUUUUGAAUAUACAGCAAGGUACUCCAAAGGCUGCUCUGAGAAAUUAAAUCCCUUCAAUUACUGACCAAUCAGUAUGUUAAGUGUAUGCCACACAUCUGUGUUGGAAGCUUUGGGAUGAGCUAGACAGGCAAAAUAUCAUUGCCAAGGGACAAACAGGUCUUAGAGGUGGACGAUCCAAAAUGGACCAUUGUCUUUUACUCCACCACCUAUCAUAGAAAUAUACUAUCAAACCACAUGGGGCAUUAUUUACCGUCUUUGUUGAUUUUAAGAUGGCAUUUGAUAAAACCACAUCAGUCUAAACAAAAUCAGUAGAAAACAAAUAACAUAACCACUUAAGGCAGAGCAAAAUAAAAUAAGAUGAAAUAAAAUAAAGUGAGGUGAAAUGGAGAAGGGAAGGGAGGGGAGGGGAGGCCCAAAGGUGAUAACAGUUGCUGCCUCAGCUGUAUUUCCAAAAUGUCGAAGAAAAGAACCUUUUCAAUUAAGAGAUUGAUUCCAUCCUCAAUAGCAUAUGGAAGAGUAGAUUAACUUCAAAGUCUUUGGGUAUCACCUCUCAGGGCGCUGGGACUUUUAAGCAGAGGUAUUUUCCUCAUCAUUCUCAACAUUAUUUUUUUCCAGUAGGUCCUAUUGUAACCAGUAAUCUUGGGAGUUCAUAUCCCAUUUUUUUCCCAACAGUAAGGGAGAUGCACCCACCAUAGGCAGAAAGUGUAGGGGUGGGGGAGGGGGAGGGGGAGGGGACAGUCCCCUAGAGAUCACCUUCAAGGGUAAAACAGAUUGCAAGACUAGAUUGCAUUACUAUUUCCUUAAUAAAUUGUCACUGUGUCUCUAAUCACUAAGAGUAAAUGGGUUCUUUUUGUAAUAAAGUUUGGUUAUCAUUUACAUUUUAAAAAUAUCCCUAUUGUAUAUCUCCACCACCUCUUUCUCAUUGUUCCUCCCUUCUGCUUGCAGCCAGGGUUUCAAUUCUGCUGCAGAAAGGGGCCAUUUCUCAACUUGGUCCACCUUUUCCUGCAAAAGUGUUUUACUCUAGAUACUUUCUUGUUGAUAAAAAGACUGGUGGUAAGAGCCAAUACUGGACCUUUGAGUUCUCAACAAAUACUUAAAGGUUUCAACAUUUAUAAUGCUGUAUCUUUCAGACAUUCUUCCCUUUUGUUCAGCAACCUAUGGUUUGCAGUCCUAGAUUUAAAGGAUGUGUUCAUAUUUCUAUCCAUAAGUUUUUCAGGAAGAUUUUAAGAUUUGAAUAUGGAGGUAAUCACUAUGCUUGUAAUGUGUUACCCUUCAACUACGAAUAUAAUGGUUUCCCAUUGAGUUAGCCUUGUAUUUUUUACCAAAUGCAUACCAUCUAUGUUGUAUUCUCAGCAUCAAGGGGAUGUGUUGCGUACUCCUGUCUGGACGAUUGGCUGUUUUUGGAUUCUUCCUGCCAGUCCCUGGAAAAUGAUCUGUCUUUGGCUUUCCAAAUGUUAACCAAUUUAAGUUUAGUGACCAAUGUGGAAAAAUUCUGAUUACAGCCUAACCGAAAGAUAUAAUUCAUUGGGGCAGUUUUAGAUGCCAUUUCCUUUAAGGCAUACUUAUCAGUUGAAAGGUCCAAGGCCACUCAGACCUUGAUCACCACCUUUACAAUAUUCCAAAGGGCCAUUUGCAUCCAGAAGCUCUGAUGGCUGGUGACUUCAACUACUGCAGUGGUACCCCACGCCAGAUUGAACAUGAACUGUUUACAAAAUUGGUUCCUCAGGAGGUUUAAGGCCAAUGUAGGAAGAUGUAGAUUUUCAGUGCCUCAGAAGGUUUUGAGAUCUCUUCAGUGCUGAAAUUCUCAAGAUAAUCUACUUAGAGAUGUCAUCAUUGGUACUUCUCCUCUUGAGGUUACCAUUUUCACAGAUGCUUCCUUAAUUGGUUGAAGAGUUUCCUCUCAUUUAUUAUGAGCCUGUGAUCAGAACCUGAAUCUAGUUUGCAUAUAUAUCUAUUAGAAGUCAGGGCAAUCAGAUAUGCUGUUCAGUCUGUUUCAGUCUGUGUCAUGGGAAAACAUCUGGUCACAGUACAGCAGCAAAGUUUACAUCAACUAGCAAAUGGGCACAAGUUCCAUGGCUCUCUGUGCUGACGUUUCCUGAUUGUGCCAAUGGGCCAUUCAGUGAAACAUUUCCCUGUCAACCAUCCAUAGCCCUCAAAUGUCCAAAACGAUUUUGGUUUCCCACCCAGACUCUCUCGGAACCUUCAUAGCCUGUCCAAUAAAAGAGGAUCUUACUAUGAUAGGGUCCUUUCUCCAUUACAAUACCUUCUCCCUACACCCAACAACAUGGCUACUCCAGUCUUAAGCUGGGAUCUAGAUAAAGUCACAGAAAUAUUAAUAGCAUCACACAAACUGUCCACUCACAAGGCUUAUAUUGUAAAGUAGGUGCAUUUUGUGCAAUGGACUCAGUAUGAAGGUUCACCUCCCGACUCUUGUUCCUUACAUGAUAUUUUUUGCUAUUUGUUAUGGUCUAGCCGCUAGUUCUAUUAAACUCCAUUUGGCUGCCAUCUUUGCAUUUCAUGUUCGUGUUGAUUCUCACACUGUUUUCAGCCCCUGAUUUCAAGAAAUGUUUGAAAGGUUUAAUUAAUCUUUUUCCUGUGUUAAAGCUUCCUCUUCCUGUUUGGAGUUUCUCUUUGGUUUUAUUGCAAAUUAUGCAUAAACCCCAGAAGCCACUGGCAACCUCUGAGUUGUCUUUUUUUUAUCAUUCAAGGUCACACUUUUGGUCACUGUCACCUUGGCCAGGAAACUGAGUCAGUUAUUGGUUCUUCAGAUUGGUUCCCCUUUCACCAGGUACCGCUUCCUCGAUAGUGUUAGCUUAGAAUUUAGGCCCCAAGUAGUAUCCCAGUUCCGUAUGUUCCAGGACAUUACAUUACUUGCUUUCCCCACCCCCCACCCCAAAUCCCCAGUCACCAUAUGAACAAUCACUCCACUCGCUUGAUGUCAAAAGGGCGUUCUUUUUUUAAAAAAUAAUUAAACCAUACCAGUUUGGUCAGACAGGACAAAAACUUAUUUGUUUUAGAGGGUCUAAAAAGGGUGAAGCUACUUCUUCACUGGCCAUUUCUAGAUGUGCCGUUUCUGGGUUUUGUUUGGCCUAUGCCAGUCCUGAACUUGACACUGUGUUAAGGCCCAUUUCACCCGGGCCCGAGCCUUUUCCGCUGAUUUCCUUGCCGGGCUUGAUCUUCAGGAUAUCUGCAAAGCGGCUGCCCAGCCUACUGUGUCCACAUUUCUCUGAUAUUACUCUAUCAAUGUGGACUCCAGGAGAGAUGCAGCUGCUGGGAGAGCAGUUAUUCAAUCAUUGUUUCGGUCUUGCCUCCAUGGUAAGUGAACUUGCUACUGUCCCAUGCGGGACUGUACUGAAGACACAGCAAUGAAAACAAAGUUGCAAGUCCCUGUAACUUGUUCAUCAAGUGUCUUCUGUGCAGGCACGCAUCCCCCCCUCCUGUUCCUGCUGUGGGCUGCUGUUAACUUUAUUAGUACCAUUCCACGGUGGUGGAGAGAGACCUGAGGGAGGAGCACUCUUUCCACCUCUGUCACACGGCUAUUUGGGCAGGAAACCUGCCAGCCCUCAGCUCCAGAUGGAGGGGAAGGGGAGUGCUCCAAGUGCUUCAAAGCUUCUAGAAGCCUUCUAGUUACUUCUCCAUGACCAGCACCGUCUCAUUUGUGCCUGCGCAGAAGGCACUAGAUAUACAACAGUUGCAGGUAAGUGCAACUUUAUUGUAUGUGCCAUUACAUGUGAUAAGCACUUGCAGGUGGGUGUUACUGUGGAAGCUCUAAUUGGCACCAGCUCUCUGUCAGAUGUUCUUAUAUAACAGCGUGUACAUGGAAAUGAAAUAUUCAUACAAAUGACAUAUCACUUUCCAGAGGCUUGUCUCUCCCCUCACUUUUUUUUUACUUCAUUCUUUGAGUGUAACUUACACAAAUUGAAGCUUAAAUGGAUUUUAAGAAAUAGUUGUUCCAGGUUCUCAAAACCAUUCAUGAAACUGGAUCUAGGUGUGCUCAGCCCUGAGAACAACAGAGGCUUCAUAUGGAAGACUGUGGUUCUAGCACGUGUGGAUCAGGUUGAGUUCUAUGUCUGUUCCAAUUUCCUUUGACUUUCAAAGUGCCUAAUCCACUUAAGGUUCUUACACCACUUUGGUACUUUGGAAUAUUUUAUGCUACCUAACUUCCAUACUCUCCCAUGUGCUGCACUGGACAAACUAGUACUUUCUUUUUCUCUGCUUUCUAGUGUGUAAAGCAAUGGUUAUUUGCCUCAGGAGUCAAAUGAUGAUGUCAACUCUAGAGAUGGGUGUGUCAUUGUUUAAAUAUUGUUGCUUGCAGAGCAAAAAACAAGCAAGGCACAGUCUGUGCAUGGGACUAAAUCCUGUUGUUGACACCAGCACAUACAACCAUGCAUGAUGCCAAAUGAAUAAACACUGCAUAUUAGA